AUGGGUAAAACAACACCCACACUUUUCAUUUUUCUUCUAACAAUCGUCACUCAUGUUUCACUACUGUUUAACUCAGUCAUUGCAGUUAAUCCCAAAGGUUUUACAUUGAGGAUGGUUCACAAAGACUCCGAAGACUCGCCUUUAUAUGAUCCUGCUGAAAUUCAUUUGAUGACACCAGAGGAAAGAUUUCAAAAACUCAUCGACCAAUCCAAAGCUCGAGCGCAUUACAUUGGUUCACAUAUAUUACUCAAUAACAAUAGAACGAUGAACCCCGAUGUUGUUCGUAUGCCACUAGCUCGUGAAGAAUCAGGAUGGUACGUUGGAUCGGUAGGUAUAGGUACAUUUCCUCCUGAUGAAUCACCAACAUUCAUGACAUACUCUUUGAUGGUUGAUACAGGUAGUGAUCUUACUUGGCUUCAAUGCAACGGUGCCACACAAACUUUCUAUCAAGAUGCCCCUCUUUAUCCGUGGGACGAGUCACAAACAUAUCAUCCUAUUCCUUGCCUUAGUCAUCCAUACUGCACGGUCGAUAGUUGCAAUAUCAACGGCGAAUGUGUUUAUAAAGUAGCUUAUAUGAGUGAUGCAGUUACGACUUGUGUUAUUGCUAAAGAAACAUUCACUAUGAACUCAGAUACUGCGGGUGGUGGUGGCCUUGAAAGUUUUCAACUACUCAUGGGUUGUGGUUUCUGCCAAGAAAAUUUUGAUUCCUCCUUCGGUAAUAACCACAAAAUCGGAAAGCCUGAUCCUAUUGCAGGAAUACUUGGUUUGGCAAGAGGACCAAUGUCUUUUCUGAAUCAAUUAGCUGAUGAUGGACAAGGUAAAUUUUCCUACUGCUUGGAGAGAUCUAACAAGCCUAACGCUGGAGACACAUAUAUAAGCUUUGGCGCAGAUGCGACAAUUGGAGGUGGAGGUCAACAAGUAUAUGAAACUCCCAUAGUAGUAACCCCCGUUCAUUUACAGUCAUCGGCUUAUUACUUAACUCUGGAGGAUAUCAGUGUUGGUUUAAACCCAGUAGGUUUUGCGAGAGGAGAAUUUGAGCUUAAAUAUGAUGGAACCGGCGGUUGUGCCAUAGAUACGGGGAGUCCGUUUAGCAUAAUGUAUAAAGAUCAUUUUGAUAGAGUUGCAAAGUUGGUUAUGGCACAUUUUCAACAGUUUGGCAUUCCUGUUGCUGCACCCACGGGAGAUGGCCUUUGUUUUGUUAUACCGAAAGGAGAGUUUACAGUUCCCAUCAUAACAUUUCAUUUUCAAAGCCAGGCUGAUUUUGUUGUUUCAGAGACUGGUUUUGUACAAAUCGGCGAAAAUGUUUGUUUAGCUAUUAGCCGAUCAGAAUUCAAGACGCCAGCUUUCAUUUUAGGAGCAAUGCAACAAGUUAAUAAGAGGAUUUUGCAUGAUAACAUGAAUAUGAGAUUCUCAUUUGCUGAUGAGAUAUGCUAA